CCUGCGGAAGCAGAGGCGACUUCCGGCACGGAGGCGGGGCGUGCGGAGGCGGGCGUCCGGACGGCAUGGCGUGCGGCUUUCGUAGGUCGAUCGCCUGUCAGCUUUCUAGAAUAUUGGCUCUUCCACCAGAAAGCUUGAUCAAGUCAAUAUCUGCAGUUCCAGUUUCAAAGAAACAAGAAGUGGCAGAUUUCCAGCUUUCUGUGGAUUCCUUGCUAGAAGACAGCAAUCACAAGUCACAGCUAGAUACUCAAGAUCAAGCCAGGAGACUGGCAGAGGAGCUUAAAUGUGAUACAGUGGUGACUGCCAUCAGUGCUGGCCCAGGGACUCUGAACUUCAAAAUAAACAGAGAAUUGUUAACAAAGGCAGUGCUUCAGCAAGUAGCUGAAGACGGCUCAAAAUAUGGGUUAAACAGUGAACUUUUCUCCGGUCUUCCCCAGAAGAGGGUUGUGGUAGAAUUCAGUUCACCUAAUGUUGCAAAAAAAUUUCAUGUUGGACAUUUGCGCUCUACCAUCAUAGGAAAUUUUAUAGCAAACCUAAAAGAAGCUUUAGGACAUCAAGUAACAAGAAUAAAUUACAUUGGAGAUUGGGGCAUGCAGUUUGGUCUGCUGGGAACUGGUUUCCAGCUGUUUGGUUAUGAAGAAAAACUCCAGUCCAAUCCUUUACAGCAUCUAUUUGAGGUUUAUGUACAAGUCAAUAAGGAAGCUACAGAUGAUAAAAAUAUAGCAAAGUUGGCACACGAAUUCUUCCAUCGACUAGAACUGGGCGACAUGCAGGCACUUUCACUGUGGCAAAGAUUUCGGGACUUGAGCAUUGAAGAGUACACUCAGAUUUACAAGCGCCUUGGAAUACACUUUGAUGAAUAUUCAGGAGAAUCAUUUUACCGUGAAAAAUCUCGAGAUAUCUUAAAGUUGCUGAACAGCAAAGGACUUCUAAAGAAAACAACAACAGGAAAUGUUGUAGUAGAUCUCUCUGAGACUGGUGACCUCUCUUCUAUCUGCACUGUGAAGCGAAGUGAUGGCACUUCUCUCUAUGCAACCAGGGAUCUUGCAGCUGCCGUAGAUCGUAUGGACAAAUACAAUUUUGAUACAAUGAUUUAUGUGGCAGACAAAGGGCAAAAACGGCAUUUUCAGCAAGUGUUCCAAAUACUGAAGAUCAUGGGAUAUGAAUGGGCAGAAAGGUGCCAUCAUGUAGCUUUUGGGAUAGUAAAGGGAAUGAAGACUCGAAGAGGGGAUGUCACUUUUCUGGAAGAUGUCUUAAAUGAGGUUCAAUCAAGGAUGCUGCAGAAUAUGGCUUCCAUCAAGACAACAAAACAUCUGGAGAACCCACAGGAGACUGCAGAGAGGGUGGGGCUUGCAGCUCUCAUCAUCCAGGACUUCAGAGGUUUGCUCUUAUCUGACUAUCAGUUCAGUUGGGACCGUGUUCUGCAGAGCCGUGGGGAUACUGGAGUCUUCCUACAGUAUACACAUGCCCGCCUCUAUAGUUUGGAAGAGACUUUUGGAUGUGGUUACCUCAAUGACGUCAAUGUUGCUUGUUUACAAGAACCACAGUCUGUUUCAAUUCUCCAGCAUCUUCUCAGGUUUGACGAGGUACUCUAUAAAUCCUCUCAGGACCUGCAACCCAAGCAUAUCGUUAGUUACCUUUUGACACUAAGUCAUCUUGCAGCUAUGGCACAUAAAACACUCCAAGUAAAAGACAGUCCUGCUGAUGUGGCUGGGGCCAGACUUCAUCUUUUCAGAGCUGUCCGUUCUGUCCUAGCCAAUGGAAUGAAGCUUCUUGGAAUUACACCUGUAUGUAGAAUGUAAUAUGUAAUUUCUAAUUAAAGUAUGGGUUUUUAAAUGCCAAACAA